AUGUCCCUCCAAACCCCCCGCAUCCUCCCCGCGCACCUCCACGCCUUCCACCCCUCCAGCGGCUCCUCAUCACACACGGUCCGCAUCCUCGGCACCGUGAGUGCGCUGCGCGGCGACACGGCGACCCUCACCUGCGGCAACAACGGGGAUGUGACGCUGAUCCUGAAAUCCGAUUCGCACCUGCAGAUGGGGCGGGUGGUGGAGGUGGUGGGGAAGGUUGCUGAGUUGGAGGGCGGGCAGGGACUUGGGAUCCGGGUCCUGGCGACGACAGAUUGGGGGAAUCCGGCGGAUUGCGAUUACAAGAUCUACGAGAAUGUGGUCGAAGUGACGCAUAAGUUGAAGCCGAUAUUCUACGAUUCGAAUGAGUAG